CCCGCUUUGCUUUACUUUCUCGUUACCUUUUUUGUCUCCUCUCUCUCUCUCUCAAUCUCUCUCACCCUUCAUUCUCCUUUGAUUUGAUUAGAAUUAGUGAAGAAAAGUGUCUUCCCUUGGAUUGGGAUACUAGUUUGCUGAUUCUCUGGAAAGCUAAGGUUUGUUUAAUUUGUUGAAUAAAGUGAAGAUAGAAAUGGAGUGGGAGAAGCAGCUACCGCCUCCGCAGCCGCAGCAGGCGGAGGAAUUGGGCGGCGGAAUGUUCGUAAAAGUGAUGACAGACGAGCAAAUGGAAGUCCUCCGCAAGCAAAUCGCCGUCUAUGCCACCAUUUGCGAGCAGCUCGUCGAUUUGCACAAAUCUAUCGCCUCCCAACACGAUCUUACUGGAGCCAGGCUGGGGAAUCUAUAUUGUGACCCAUUAGUGACAUCAGCUGGCCAUAAAAUAACGGGCAGACAGCGGUGGACUCCAACACCUGUGCAGCUUCAGAUUCUUGAACGAAUAUUCGAUCAGGGCAAUGGAACUCCAAGCAAGCAGAAAAUCAAAGAGAUAACCUCUGAAUUGUCACAGCACGGCCAAAUUUCUGAAACAAAUGUUUACAAUUGGUUCCAAAACAGGCGUGCUCGAUCAAAAAGAAAACAGCAGGUCACAGCAACGAAUAAUGUUGAAUCGGAAGUGGAGACCGAGGUUGAGUCACCCAAUGAUAAGAAGACAAAGCCAGAGGAUUUUCAGUCCUCUCACAUUGCAACUUCAAGGGCUGAAGAUGUCUGCUAUCAAAACCCUGUCGUCAGCUCGGCUAUGCAUUCCAUUGAUCCAAGAAGCAGUAAAGCUGAGCCUAUGUUUCCUUCAGAGAGUACUUCAAAACCUGCUGGGAAUUUCGGCCAAAUGUCCUUCUAUGGCUUAUCAAAUCCAAGAAUGGAUCAUCAGAUGAUUGGAAAAGUUGAAGUUCCGGGGAGCUAUAAUCCUUAUCUUAAUGCAGAAGAUUACAAUAUGACGGGUUGAAACCUUUUUCAGCAGAAGUUAUAGGGAUAUUUAACAAAUUCAGAUUGAACAUGGAAGUCGAGCAAACUUGUGCUGGAGUCACAACGUUGCAUUGAAUUGGCGUCUGAUGCAUAGUAGUAUGCAGCCAGUUUCAUGGAAAUAUAUAUAUUCCACAUGGACCACGUGCAAAGUAUAUAAGUUUAAUGCAUCAUUCUUCAAAACUAGUUAGUUAGCAUAUUCAAAGCAAGUGGUAUUUGCGAGAAUGUGUUUGGUGACUUUGUGUCUGCCAGGUCUCGAUCCAUUAGCAUAGAGUGAAUGUUGCCUGGUUUCUAUACAAUCUUUCUGCUUUGUUGGCUGAUUUGUAUUUAUCAGUGUUUUCAGUCUUUUAAUUUCAAGACACAAAAGUAUGUGUUCACAGUAGUGGUUUCUUCUUCAUUCUUUUAUAUACCAAUUUUUCAUUUCAGCAAGGAGGAUUAUGUUCAGUGAAAAUAGCUUCAUAGGCCGAAUAGAUUUCGGCAUCCAGAUAGACUUUUUCAAUCAGGGUUUGUCGUAUAGGUUAUCUUUUCCAUCAUGUGAUGCACACAAGUUGCGAAAUUUCCUUACUUUGAGAAUGGUUUAUUGAUGUA